CGAGACUUCGCGAGAUUUAUGGAUUUUGGAAGCGCCUGACUGAAAAACUAUCGGAACUGCUUGAAAUAAAUUAACCACAUAAUUAUAUUCCAAACGUUAAACAAAUACAAUGAAUUGGUUAGUUUUGUCGUAAAGUAGAUAUAUUUUGUCAUAUAAAAUGACCAACAUAAGUGUGAUUUAUUUGAUGUGAAGUGUUUUAUAUUGGUUUGUGAAAUUCGUGGUUACUGGGAUUGCCAUCGGCGCCAUUUUUUAUUACCCCGUUUGCAUUCUGUACCCUUCUGUGAUGAAAUGAAUGCGAUUAUGACAAAUAUGAAGUGACAGAGUACAAGUUCGAUACACUGGCAUCACUUAUUACUUAGUUUGAAUGACAUUUUAUUGGUAUUAUCAGAAAUUAUUAAGAUAAUAGCGAGUACGUAUUUUACACAUGUCCGUUUCCGUAUAGUGUCAUUUAUGACCCGACGAUAAAAUCGGCUAUAAUUAGGUAGUGUCAAGUCCCGUCAAUAUAUAUGUUCCUGGUUGUAAAUAACAAAAACAAUUUGAAAUGACCUGCGUUUUCUUUGGAAAUUAGCAAAAAAGUACAUGUUAUUGUAUAAAGCAAACAGUUACUGUUAGGUAACGUCUUAUUCUUCAUUAUGGCGAGCGUCAGACAGCUAUCAGCAGGAUUUGCAGUCAUAACGACAACUUUAAUGUUAGUGCAGAUUUCAAUGUUUCUGAGGUCACAGCAACGAAAUGGUGUUGGACAACAUUUAGAAGACCAAAAGACAGAGUUGGUAUAUCGAAUGAACUUUACACCACUGAAGAUAAUUCCUUCUCAUGAAAGUUCUAUUACAAGAACUUCGGGAAGUUUGAAAGAAGAACGAAUUCAAAAACGAUAUCUCACGAUAGGAAUUCCUACAAUUUGGCGACCCCGUGCAUAUUACUUGUGGUAUACUAUUGAUUCACUACUAAAUGCAACUUCUAAAUCACAAAUCUCACAAAUCUGUAUAGUAAUUUUUCUAGCAGAUUUUAACACAACAUGGAAGAAAAUAACAUCAAAAGAUAUAGAACGAAGAUACAAGGCAUUGGUUAACAACAAUACCAUUCAAAUCAUUACAGCUCCUUAUAGAUUUUACCCACCGCUAGACAACUUGAAACAAACAUUUAAUGACAGUGCAUCAAGAAUAAAAUGGCGUUCAAAACAAAACAUUGAUUACGCGUAUCUUUGGUUGUACAGCAAGAAUAUUUCAAAAUACUACAUUCAAAUUGAGGACGAUAUUAAAACCAGUCCAACUUAUUUUGAUGCCAUUAAACAAUUCAUCUCAGUUCAAAAGAUACCCUGGGUAUGCUUAGAAUUUUGUCAACAUGGAUUUAUAGGGAAACUUUUUCAUUCACAUGACCUAGAAAAACUGGCCAAAUAUAUCAUGUUAUUUUAUGAUGAGCAACCGAUAGACUAUUUAUUAAGACAUUUCAAUUUCAUUUAUUUACAAGAUUUUAAAAUCGAACGAAAACCGAACGUCUUUAACCAUGUGGGAUUAUAUUCUUCUUUAUUGGAAAAGAUUACAUAUGUCAAUCCUAGGGUUUUGGAUACAAGGAAAUUUUUAAAAGGACAUAAUCCCAAAGCUGAAUUAUUUACAACCCUGGCAUCAUUACCGAAAUUUGAUCUCAAAGCGGCAUAUUCGGUUUUUAAUGGAUAUUUCUGGUCUAAUUCGUCACCAGUUGCGAAUGAUACCAUACACAUUAUUUUUCACAGACCACAAAGCAUAAAAAAUGUCAUUAUUAAGACUGGAGGUAAAGAGCAUCCAAAUGACAAACUAGAGAAUGCACAGCUAGAUGCAUGUAUAAGUUGUCGACCAGUCGGCAAAAACAGGAUCAUAUGUUAUGAUAAAUACCAUUUAGGAAAUUUCAGAAAUGGUUCUGUCGUUGCAAGUGACGUAGGUAGAAAAUAUAAUAUAAAAUUGUUCGGCUGUUUAAGAAUAACAGUAACCAAAAGUCAGACUUCGUGGCUUAUAAUAAAAGAGAUUGCUGUGUUUGUUCGGUAAUAUACUCUGUAAAUUCGAUUUAUUUAUUUAAUGGCAGAACCAUUAUAAUACAUUCAACCAAAAGAUUCUUUUCCUUUUUUGUCUGAUUUUCCUCCCAAGUGCAUUUUUUGUUUUGUUUCUAUAUAGUGUCAAUUUGAAUAAAUAAAAAACUAAAUUCGUGA